AAAAUCAUCACUAGUUCACUACUAUAUAUUAAUUAAGAGAGAUUUAGCUAAAAAUGGGAGAAAUACAUAGUGAGGUAACAUGGGAGAAGGAGGAGGAAGAAAAAGAAGAAGAAGAACAAGCUCAAGUUGAUAUAUGGAAAUACAUAUUUGGUUUUGUAGAACUUUCAGUGGUGAAAUGUGCAAUUGAACUUGGCAUAGCUGAUGCCAUUGAAAAACACAAAAAACCCAUGUCACUAAUAGAGUUAUCAACCACUCUAAAAUGUGACCCUUCAUAUCUUAACCGCAUCAUGAGAUUCCUGGUACAUAGAAAAAUAUUCAAAACCAUAUAUACCAGCCAUGAUACCUAUCCUAGUUAUGUCCAAACACCACUUUCUCGCCGUUUGAUUAAAAACGGCGAGAAAAGCAUGACUGCUCUUCUUUUACUGGAGAGUAGUCCUGUAAUGGUAGCACCUUGGCUUAGUUUAAGCGGUCGUGUUUUGGUUAAUGGAAAUCCUUCUUUUGAGAAGGUUCAUGGUGAAGAUGUGUGGCGUUAUGCUGCUUCAAAUCUUGAUCAUAGUAAUCUUAUUAAUGAUGCUAUGGCUUGUGAUGCUAAAGUUGUUGUGCCAGCAAUUGUUGAAGGUUGUGGUGAGAUUUUUGAUGGUGUUGAAUCCUUGGUGGAUGUUGGUGGAGGGAAUGGAACCACCAUGAGUAUUCUUGCUAAGGCUUUUCCUUGGAUUCAUGGAAUUAACUUUGAUCUUCCCCAUGUCAUUGAUGUGGCUCCAAAGUGUGAUGGGGUGGAACAUGUGGCAGGUGACAUGUUUAUGAGUGUUCCCAAAGCUGAUGCCGUAAUUAUUAAGUGGGUUUUACAUGAUUGGGGUGAUGAUGAGUGCAUCCAAAUCUUGAAGAAAUGUAGGGAAGCUAUUCCAAAAGAAAAAGGAAAAGUUAUUAUUGUGGAAGCACUUAUUGAAGAAGAAGGAGGAAAACACAACAACUACAAAGAUGUAGGGUUAAUGUUAGAUAUGGUUAUGAUGGCACAUACUAAUAUUGGGAAAGAAAGGACACUUAAAGAAUGGGACUAUGUUAUCAAAAUGGCUGGAUUCAAGGAAUUCACUGUGAAAUAUAUUAAUGCUGUACAAUGUGUAAUUUUAGCCUCAUGCUAAAAUUAUGAGAAAACAACAAACACACUGAAAAUCAAUAAUAGAUUGAUUGAAGACUUUGGUGGGUUGUUAUAAAAAUGCAUUAUUAAUGUGGUAAAAAUAAAAAACAUGCAUGAUGGCUCAUUACAUAUACUAUAUGUCGGUCAUGAUUCAUGUUUGUACUUUUAUUUUGUUGACGGAUCAAUGUUUGUACUUUGUUCUAUGGUCAAACUCUUAUCUUUUAUAUUAUAAGCUUAUAUAUACAAGAAAACUCUAAACCCUAA